UAUAAGGAAAUCGAGGCGAUAUAUAUAGAUAUAUUACAUAUAUAUAUAUAUAAAUUUUUUUUUGUAUGCAGGAAACGGAAGUGAUCAUAACGCAUGUGCUAGUGUAGUAGAAAUUGACGUGUGAAAUUGACGUCAUGAGUUUAGUUAAAGUUUGGCAAGGUUACUUCGUUAAUAUUCGUGAACACGUUCCGUUUGAUUGGUUUUAUUUCGUUUUCUAAGCCAUGAUCUGUCAGUAAUUAAAAGGGUAAUGGGUAAAUAUAUUAAUUGCUCUAAUAAACUUAACGUAUGAACCGUUGUCAUCGUCCUAUAUACAUGGUCGAGUAGGAAAGAAGGCGAUGGACAAUGAGUUUAAGACGUUUUUUGGUCAUUAUUACUGGGUAAGUGGCUUAAAAUCAUUCUCAGGACGGUCAGGUUUCUGUAUACAAUUAACCCAUGCCUAUAGUUCCUAUAGUUUUAUGAAGAUUAUCAGACUAUACAUCAAUAUGUAGCUUUUUGGGUAGGUGUUACUUUUAAUUAAUUGUCAUGUAUACAAAUGCAUAGAUAAAUUAACUGAAAGUAAUCUCUGCUCUAAAACAAAACACAUGUUUUAGAUAGCAAUAAUAGGUGGACUGGUAGCAGUCACACUGGCAUCCAUAGUAGUUUGGCUUUUUCUUCGCUGCAGGAAAAGACCAUUCUGUGAAUAUACAGCUUUAGAAGAUGAAGCGGUAUUACAAGAUCGUCUGGAAAUGGAUAGGAAGCUUCAGAGAGAUGCUGAUCGAAAUUUGGCUCUGAUAAACUGUCAACAUUAUCUCCAGAAUUCUUUAAGAUACGUAUUUAUUCAACAACUAAAUGAUUUAGGAAGCAGGGUUGACAAACAUUGGUUUCUUGUCCGAGAUACUGCUACGAAGACAGACCGUCUUCUGAUAAUGAUGCCAGUAUCAGACAAUUGUCCAAUUCUUUGCAAUACUACUACUCGACAAGCACUCCUCGAAUUGUUUGUGGCUUUUCAACAUCCUUAUAUAUAUCCUAUCUUAGAUGUAGAUUUUACAUUCUUAAAUCAACAACAGUUUGUAGUAUUUAUAAUGCCUUUUAAUGACAAAGGAAGUCUUAAGGACUUAAUUUAUCAGAGUAAUUGCCAACAUGAUUGGAGAGAGAAAUAUCAGUACUACGGCACAGGUCUCAGUGAAUCUCAAAUACAACAGUUAGGACGUCAAAUUUUAGAAGGAAUGAUUUUUAUGAGAGAGCAUGGUUUUCCAACCUUUGGCCAUCUUCAUUGUGGAAAUGUUAUCAUUCAAAAUGGAGUAGCCAGGAUUUCCGGAUUGGAAAAUGUUUUAUUAGGAAAUACUACACGCAUUUAUUUUCUACUUCAGAAGUAUAUCUGUGAUAAUCAAGAUUGCGUUGAUAGCAUUUGUUUUGGUCAUCUUUUGUUUGAGAUGGCUGCUGGUUAUGAACUCAAUACUCCUUAUCCAAAAGAAAAGAAUUACAGGGAUUUAAAUCAUUGUCCACGGAUUAUUAAAGUCUUAAAAUUUAUUUUUAGACAAGAAGGUAUUCAUUAUCCUCUUAUACAAGAAGUAAGUUCUUCAUUCAUUACUUUUAUAUAUAAGAGGCAUGUCAUUCCAAAGUGCAUUGCAUCCACAUUAAUACUUUAUUGAAUAUGAAAAAUGAAUACAAAGCUGUAAACUCGACAAUGCUAAUAUUGAUUUAAAAACUAACGUGUAGCAUAAGCCUGUUUUUGAAUGAUGAAAAUGUUUUAUUACAAUAGUUUCUUUUUACACUAGAAAUUUUCCUUUAUAAAAAUUUUUCAAAGUGGAUAAGAUGCAGUUUGGAAUGACGAGCUCAUUAAGGUUGAUGACUUUCUGCUAUAGGACAAUGCAUGGACAUUUAUAAUAAAGUAGUUUGUUAUAAAUAUUUGUUGAUUAACAGAAAUUAAUUAUAUAUGCCUGUAAUUAUAAAAUAUUUAAAUACUCAAUGUUAAAAUUAUUGUCAAUUGUUGUCCAAUAUCAGCUUAGUCAACUCUUUAAAUUUUAUUUUCUUGUUCUGAUUAAUAAUAGUGUCUUUCUCUUUCUAUUACACUAGUGCAGGGAUUGCAAACUGGUGGCCCAUUAAGACUUCAUAUCUGUCCUGCAGCCUUGAUGAUUUCUUAUCUAAAAAUAAAUGUUUCUAACAUCUUGCAGGGAUUAAAACAAAAAAAAUUCAAACAUUUAACUGUAUAUGUAAGCUGUAAAGGACUGGCCGCAAAAGGUCGUUUCUUAGAACUCUUUUUUAAAUUACAGUAUGCUUUGGUUUAUCGAA